UCUCAGCCUCUCACCAUCUUGUACUUUGUCGUUCAGCCCCACCAAUGGCAGUAAUCAAGGUCCAUAUGCCGUACAGCUGGUGAUGGAGGACUUUCCCAGGCAGAAUAUCACCUUGACUCAAACAAACGGGAUGCAGACAACCAUAACUACCAACAACACUCUCAGCAAACUACCUGUCCAGUUUGUUUUAAAUGUGGAUCCUGUGGUGCCAUCCUGCACAGAGGGACUCUACCUGCCUACAUUCCUGCCUCCAACCCCAGCCAACAGGGCACAGCUGUACACGCCUGUCAAUCACACCCUGGAAAUUGGCAUCAAUGCGGAGGCAAAUAUCUCCACGAUCUCUGAGCUUCUGUUCAGUGGGCCGUACAACAUAAACCUGACUAAAUCAGGAACAGGACAGUUCAUUCUGAGAUGGACACCAUCUGAGGACGAAGAUGGAGAAAGUCAACCCAUCUGCUUUGUUGUCCAAGCAGUUUACAAUUCAACAAAGUAUCACUCCGAGCUACGAUGUGUCGUUGUAAGUGUUAGAAACGCAGAACCAUCAUCAAAUGCAACUGUAACCACAGAAACUUGUCCAGCACCUACACCAGAAACUACAGCAGCAUUCAAUCAAAUUGUCAUAGGUCUGAGAAUGAGGAUUUCCUCUUUGUCUCCACUGUCUGACGACUACAUCAGGAAUACCGUCAUGCAACAGCUGUAUGAUGAUCUGGUGAGACAAGGGAUGCCAUCAAACUUCAUUCUGAGCUUUGUGAGGAGAGUGUAGUGUCAAGGAAUAUAACAUCAGUAGGAUAUAAGCAGUCGGUGGGUGAUUUAAACAUAUGUACCCAGGGAAAAAUGCAUUGAACAUUUGACCUAGAGAGAAACAUUGCUGAGAAUAUAAAACCCUGGAAAGGUACUGUGUCAUGUAAAUAGGAUCUUGAGCUGGGGAACAUGGUUGAAUUCAGUCAAACUCCUUAAUUAUGUUCCUGAUACACCAACCCUCAAAGACCAGAACUGUAAAGUCCUGAGGUUAUAACAGACAUUUUCUCUGUGGAAAGAAUUGAGACUGUAAAUCUAAACACAGGUUCCUGCUAAAGAAUGAAAAAUAAAAAUGAUUUUAUUGGACGAACAAACAUCUGUCUUUACCGUUAUGUACGCUGUGGAUGUGUUUGUAUUGUAGUUUUUCUGUUUAUUAAGCCCCAAACAUGGUUAAGAAUAAAUUUGAACUCGGCAGCCAUGUUCAUAAAACAAACCCUUGACAAAAAAAGACAAAAGGAGCCAGUGAAGUUUAAAAGACAUCGGUUUUACUUCCAGUUGGACAAGCUAGAGCAGCAUGUCAUUAGAAAUACACAGGUCACGGUGUCAAGACAGUAACAAUAAAUUAAACAUCAGUUGGUUGUAAACUUGUUCAUCAUGAAGCCACAUGAUAUUAAACUCUUUGCAGGACGUGAAACUAACUUAUUUGUGCCAACCAGCCAACAAACAGAGUUUUAGCAGCUGAAGAUAUUCCUCAGGGGUAAUAUAAUAUAUAUUAAAAUAUUAAGACUAGCUCAUGUCUAAAUUAACUUUUAUUGACUACAUACACUGGUAAAAGUGACCAGCCUCUUGAUAAACUUGAGCUAUGAGGCUUUCUAUUGGUUUAAUAUUUAAAACAGCAGUAUAUUUAUUCUUUGGUUGAUGUUUUUGUUGGAUAAUUACUUUUCAAAAUGAUGAUAAAAUGAUUACUUCCAGCUGUAGCUCAAGGACAGUGAUGCACUUUCUUUUGUUUGCAAGUUAAUAAAGUUUUUGUAUUGCAAAAAGUGUUAGGCUGGUGGCUAAGUGUUAAUUUCAGGCCCUCUUUGUUUGUACACACAUUCCUUCCCGCUGUCAAGUAAAACCGCAAAAGGGGUGCGCUUGUUUUGUUUCA